CUAGGCGGAGAAUAGAGAAUCCCUCUCCAGCAGGGGGCCCUCAUGUGUCAGGAGAGUGAGACAGAGAGUCAGAGAGGGAGGAGGUGAGUCCUGACGUCAACGGGAGGAGGAGGAGAGAGGAGGAGGAAAACGGCAUCCUUCACCAGAGCAGGAGAGAGAGGGAGAGAGAGAACGAGGGAGAGAGAGAAGGACGGAUCAAAGGAGAGAGAAGGACAAGGAGGAAAAAAGAGGAGGAAGACGACUCUGAUGGUGUCCAAGGACAGAGGGGCGAGAGACAUUUGGAAACACAGCGGGCUGAGAGAGAGAGAGGUUCAACGUCUGGUCUUUGGGCCUGUGUCCCCGUUCAUGUGUCACAGUGUGUAUAUGUGUGUGUCUGGGUGAUCAGCUGAGUGGAACACACGCACACACACAGGCUGGAGGGCGGAGUCAUGAUGGGGAAGGAUUACAUGUUGGCCAUCAUCAUAGUCAACUAUGACGACAACAUCUGGAGCGACCAGAACCUGCUGCUGGACUCGGACCUUCCCUCAGGCUGGAGAACGAUCAAAGACUCCACAGGAACCUACUAUUGGCACGUUCCCACGGGGGCCACACAGUGGCACCGUCCCAGCCUCACAGGGACACAACAGACAUGUGACGCUAAGGAGGACGGUCAACAGUCGGAUGUCAACAGGCCGAUGGAGAGAAAAACUGACAACAGGUCCUCAUGGCUUGAAGAUCAUCUGAGCAACCACGACCCCGAGUCCAAGUGUUUUGCCGUGCGGUCUCUGGGCUGGCUGCAGGUGGAGGAGGACGACCUGUCUCCUGGACGCAGCAGCCUGGCGGUCAGUAACGUCAUCCAGCAGCUGACCCAGUGCAGCAGCCCCGAGCAGAGGGAGCGUCAGGGAGCCUGGGGGGAGGGACGGGAGAUGAUGCUGGUCCUGAAGAGAGACGCUCUGACACUGCUGGAUCCUCUAGACCACACCCCCCUUCACUGUCAGCCAAUCAUAAAUAUCCGUGUGUGGGGGGUGGGCUGCAACAACGGCAGGGACAGGGACUUUGCCUUCGUGGCCGGGGACAAGGACAGCUGUAUGCUGAAGUGUCACGUGUUCCGCUGCGACGCUCCCGCCAAAGCCAUCGCCAGCGCCCUGCACGACAUGUGCUCCAAGAUGAUGUCAGAGAAGGUGCUGAUGAGACCUUCACGUUCACUGACCAUGGAGAGCAUCUCACCUGAGGACCUGCCCAGACAAGGUGAGCGUCUGUGCCCUGCUGUGAUUGGCUGUUCCCCUGUCACUGACUGUGGUCCUGAAGUCUCUGGUUGUGUCUCAGUGGAGUUCCUGGAGGCCAUGCAGCAGCAGGUCCAGAAGUUUGAGGUCCAGUACGUCGGUAACCUGCCGGUGUCCAGAGCCAUGGGUAUGGAGGUGUUGAACCGAGCCAUCGAGAGCAUCAUGAACUCCACAGACAGAGACGACUGGGAGCCCAUCGUGAUCCACGUCACUGACAACAUCCUGUCCCUGUGGCGAGGAGAGGAGGGGGAGGAGCCAUUCUGGGAGUGUCCGGUGCGCUUCCUGACGUUUCUGGGCGUGGGCCACGACAGCCACACCUUCGCCGUCAUCGUGGACUGCAACACGCAGCGGUUCGAGUGUCACGUGUUCUGGUGUGAACCGGACGCAGGAAUCAUCUCUGAGGCCGUCCAGGCUGCAUGUAUGGUCCAGUACCAGAAGUGUCUGGUCGCUCAGACCCCCCCACCCAGGUCCAAGUCGUGGCGCCCGAACUCCUCUAAGGUCAAACGGGCCAACUCCAUGGACAGCGCUGCCUUUCCUCCUCUGACGUCCCCCUGUCUCAGCAGCAGCAGUUUGUCCAUGACGUCCCCCAGACCAAACAAG